AUGGAUAUCUGCAUGAAGGAAGAAGACGCUGCAGGAGCAGCAGCUGCUGCCCCUGAAACCCAGAGCCUUAGUGCAGCAAAUGAAGCAGCCGACGCCUCCCUUGAUGCGCCAGAGGCAGCAGAUGCAGCAGCAGAUACACCAGCAGAUGCUGCAGCAGAUACAGCAGCAGAUACAGCAGCAGAUACAGCAGCAGAGCAGCAGGUAACCAAUGAGCCUGCGGUGUCUCUGCAUCCCCUCAAGAUUUCCUUCUACGAGGCAGUCGCGAAACAACUGCUUGAUGACGAACUAAAUGAGGUUGCUGUAGCCUUAUGUGCUGCUAUGCAACUCCGCGCGAAUCCGUUGCUGCCUGCUGAUCUUUUAUUCAAUAUAUAUAAAGCAGCAGCAUUUCAGCCUACACAGGAAGCAGCAGCAGCAGCAGCAGCAGCAACAGCAGCAGCAGCAGCACAAGAUUUACUGCUAGGUAGACAACCAAAUAAGGAAACAACAGGCGGAACUCAAAGUUCGGCUACAGAAGGAGCUAAGGGAACUGCUGCUGCUGCUGCAGCAACAACAGCAGCAGGAGAAGCAGCAGCAGGAGAUGAGCCAGCAACAGCAGAAGCAGCAACAGCAGCAGGAACUGCAACAGAGACGGACCCUGAUGCAGAUGCAUCUGAGCAGCAGCAGCAGCAGCAGCAGCAGGUACCUCAUUGGCAGCCUCUACGUAAUCAGCCAGUACCCCCUAUUACGGAGGGAGAGCACAAGUACCUAUUCAAUCCUUAUGGUGGCCAAGGGGGCCUCCAUGGGGGGCCCCCCUGCAGUUCAGACGCAAAUGGUAUUGGAGGGGGCCUCUCGGCUCGCAUUACUUACUCCACGUUUAUUCAAGAUAGCUGUAUAAGUACUGCAUGCACAACAGAUAUGUCUACUGUCCUUGCGGGCUCCCUUGAUGGGUCUGUACAUCUUAUUUCCCUCAAUGUUGCAGAGGGGGCCUCCAGGGGCCCCCCGGGGGCCCUUGAAGGGGAUAAUAAGACCAUUUAUACACAUGAGAGGCCCGUCAGCUGUCUAGAUAUUAGUCCGGACAGGCGUAUUUGUUUUAGUGGUAGUUUUGAUUGUACCGUCAGACUAUUUGAUAUAAAUGCAUCUAAACAAAAACCUGCAGCAGGACCAAUAGAUGCUGUUACUUCCGCUGCUGCUGCUGUAAUUGCUGCUGCUGCUGUUGGGGUGUAUCUGCAGUUCUUUGACGGGGUGACGGGUCUAUUGGUGAAUAGAAUCCCUGAUGCGCAUAACGGCAUGCCCGUCACAUCUUUAAUGUUGUCUAGAUCGGGCAGGUAUCUUCUUUCUUCGGGGUUUGAUGGCAACUCGCGUCUAUGGGACUUAAGGAAGGGACAGCAGUUGCUAGUUAUUCGUACGGGGAACAGCAGAAGAGACAGAAGAGCAGCAGCAGUCUUCUUACAACAGGAAGCAUUUAUUGCCUCAAUAGCGGGUAACGAGCAAGGGUCUCCUCUAAAGAUAUUUGAUUCAUAUAGCGGAUCUUCUGUCUCCUUUAAUGUCCCUCCUUAUCAAGCGAAUAGAGUCUCUAGCAACAUAUGUGCUAUUCGUUCUUCUCCUUCUGCCUUUGCAUGCGCUGUUGGUACAGCUGAUGGACAGUGCCAAAUUUUGAAUUUUUCUCUCCCUUCCUCUUCAUAG